CCAGGGUCAAAUCAAAUCUCCCAGGCAAAGGAGAGAUUUCCACAAGGAUGUUUUGAUAAAAGGGCCCCCCCCAUCUCAUCCCCUUCGAAUCAUUAAACCAGCUGUUGUUCUUUGUGCGCAUUUCAUGCUGCGUGUCUUUUUAUGUGUAUCCUGCCCUCUUUUUCAUCUUUCUUGAGAGCACAUACAGACGACAUUAGAGUUGGAUUUUUAUCGUUCACUCCCUAGAUUCAUUUUCUUUUCCUCUACUUGUCUUGCCGAAUCCCCCCCCUUUUACAAUGGGCCUUCUGCAAGACACCGCCGGCCCGCUGGUAGAUGCCUUCUACCGGCUGGGUACGGGUGCGCAGGUUGGUAUCGCCAUCUUCGGUUUCAUCUUUCUCUCGGUCUUUUUCCACGUCGCACAGCAGAUCUUCUUCAAGAACCCCCAUGAGCCACCUGUCGUCUUCAGCUGGUUCCCCGUUAUCGGCUCGACGGUCACGUACGGAAAGGACCCGCCACAGUUCUUCCGCGACAUGGCGAAGAAGUACGGCAACAUCUUCACCUUUAUUCUCCUUGGAAAGAAGACGACCGUCUACAUCGGUACCGAAGGUAACGAGUUCAUCCUCAACGGCAAGCUCCGAGACGUCAACGCAGAGGAGGUCUAUGGACCCAUGACCACUCCUGUGUUCGGCAAGGACGUCGUCUACGACUGCCCCAACGCCAAGCUUAUGGAGCAAAAGAAGUUCAUGAAGGUCGCCCUCACCACCGAGGCCUUCCGUUCCUACGUUCCUAUUAUUGCCGACGAGGUUUCGAGCUACCUGAAGCGUACCCCCGCCUUCAAGGGCCAGUCGGGCGUCGUCAACAUAGCGCCCAAGAUGGCCGAGAUUACCAUCUUCACCGCCUCGCACGCCCUCCAGGGCAAGGAGAUCCGUGACCAGUUCGACGAGACCCUGGCUGAUCUGUAUCACGACCUCGACAUGGGAUUCCACCCGGUCAACUUUAAGUUACACUGGCUGCCCCUCCCCCGCAACAUCCGCCGCGACAAGGCGCAAAAGACCAUCGCCAAGAUCUACAUGGACACCAUCAAGCGCCGCCGUGCCAACGACAAGGACGAGAAGGCCCAAGAUAUGAUGUACCAUCUCAUGAACUCGACUUACAAAAACGGCACCCCUGUUCCUGACCAUGAGGUCGCCCACAUGAUGAUCGCUCUCCUGAUGGCCGGCCAGCACUCGUCGUCGUCCACCAGCUCCUGGAUCAUGCUUCGCCUCGCCAGCCGCCCGGACAUCAUGGAGGAGUUGUACCAGGAGCAGGUCCGUGAGCUGGGCGCCGACUUGCCCCCUCUCCGCUACGAGGAUCUCGCCAAGCUGCCACUCCACCUCGCCGUCAUCAAGGAGACGCUCCGCCUCCACGCCCCUAUCAACUCCAUCCUCCGCGCCGUGAAGCAGGACCUUCCCGUUCCGGGCACCAACUACGUCAUCGCCAAGGAUACCACUGUCCUCGCUGCCCCGGGCUACUCGGCUGGCGACCCGAACCACUUCCCCGAGCCGGAUCUGUGGGAGCCGCACCGCUGGGAGCCUGACUCUCGUCUGGCCCCUCGCAUCUCGAUCAGCAACGACAACGAUGAGGAGGAGGAGAAGAUCGACUACGGAUACGGCCUCGUCAGCAAGGGCACCACCUCCCCUUACCUGCCCUUUGGCGCCGGCCGCCACCGUUGCAUCGGCGAGCACUUCGCCAACGCCCAGCUCCAGACCAUCGUCGCCGUGAUUGUGCGCGAGUUCAAGUUCCGCAACGUCGACGGCAGCAACAAGGUCGUGGGUACCAACUACGCCUCUCUCUUCUCGAGGCCCGAGGAGCCCGCCAACAUUUACUGGGAGAAGCGCUAAAGGGACUUGGAGGAAGACAAUGAAGUGAAAACAAACCCCAAAAACAGUAUCGUGGUGGUGGGUGUUGGCCCCCUUUGGCGCUCCACGCAGCUCAUCCACAAGUGGGACAAGAGACCUUGCCAACAUGGAAAUCAAAACCGAAUUUCCUGUACAUAAGUGAUAUAGAGCUUCUUUUUUUUCGGGUGGAUGUUGGAGGUGGGAGGCUUCUGGCAUAUUUGAGCAUGUUGCUAGCGUCUUUUUUCCCAUCAUAGCGAUGCGAAAUCGGCGGCCAGGUUAAAGAUGGAUAUUUAAUUACUAAUAGCAAUACGAGACGAUUUCACGAUGAA